AUGACCAACAGGAGUUCUCCAAUGGGCUUCAUCCUUCUAGGCUUCUCUCAAUGGCCCCAGCUAGAAAAGGUUCUCUUCUGGAUUGUGUCACUCUUUUACGUCAUGAUCAUCUGUGGCAACUUGACAAUCAUCCUGCUUUCUUGUUUAGAGCCUCGUCUCCACACACCCAUGUACUUUUUUCUUAGCAAUCUUUCUUUUUUGGAACUUUGUUUUACCACAACCUCAUUGCCUCAGAUGUUGUCGAACUUGUGGGGGCCUGAGAAGACCAUCACUUACACAGGCUGUGUUAUCCAACUCUGUGUGUUCCUCUGCCUUGGUGCAACUGAAGGAGUCUUGCUCGUAGUAAUGGCUUUUGACCGCUAUGUUGCUGUCUGCCAGCCACUGCGCUACACCAUCAUCAUGGACCCUCCUCUCUGUUGGAAACUUGCCUUUAUUGCAUGGCUCUCUGGUCUGACAGAAUCUCUAAUCCAAUCUCCCAUCACACUUCAGCUGCCCUUCUGUUCCCACCACCAAGUGGAUGACUUUCUCUGUGAGGUACCUGCCCUCAUACGGCUGGCUUGUGGAGACACCUCCUCCAAUGAGUUACAGAUGACCGUUUCAGCUGUUCUCUUCACCAUCCUGCCUGUGGGGUUGAUACUAACUUCUUAUGGCUACAUAGCUCAGGCUGUGGGGAAAAUCAAGUCAGAAGAGGGGAGACAGAAAGCCAUUGCCACCUGUUUCUCUCAUCUGGUUGUAGUGUUCAUGUUUUAUGGGACAGUGGCAAUGGUUUACACAGACCCUAAAAGCAACUUUGCUUCUGAAAAUGGCAAAUUUUUCACCUUCUUCUAUGCUGUGAUCACACCUUUGCUGAACCCUCUCAUUUAUGCUCUGAGGAAUAAAGAUAUAAAAAGGGCUCUUCAAAGGUUGCUGAAAAAGUGGAGUAGUAAAUGA